GCAUGCGCCACUCACUCAGCGGCUACACUGUCAUGGCGGUGACGAGCUGAAGCUACCGGGGUAGAUCAGGAAGCAAAUGCGGCGCAGCUGGGUCAACGUUGCCAUUUAACCAAGUGUGCGGAGUUUCUCGGGGAGCACCGAGCGGACACUCCGUGCUUCGUCGACUUCCGCCGAAGCUACGGACGGACUCGUUCCGCUCCAGUUUUGUGAGUUUUUGUGUGUGUGUGAUUCCGCCAAGCGCGCUACCUGUCAAGUGUGUGCACUCAGUGACAAUAGCAACUUCCAGAGCUGUGCGGAGAUAUUAAAGUCACCGGAGCCCCGUUUGUCCGUGUGGCGGAGGAAACAGGUAAAAGGGCGAACUGUGCCUCACCUGCGUCUGCCUUUGUUACCUGCAGCGGACUUGCUCUUCUUCUGGGCUUUUAGCAGCAUUAAUCCAGCCGUCUGCUAUCAAGUUACGGAGCAGGGCAGAGGAGUGGUGACAUUUCCAGCCUCGCAGUGUCAACCAACAAUUAAUUAUCUCCCUUUUUAACCCACUUUCGAGGCUCAAUCUUUGGAUGGGGAGGGAAACGUGUCGCUUAUGUGCCUGUAGACUGACAACAACUCAGCGGAAGGGGAGAUAGGUUCCCUUCUCUUCUCCGACGACAUCGGCUCCACCGUCACCGUCGGGAGGUGAACAGGUGCCUUACCUGUGAACGCCACCUGCCCUGUCCUUCCGCAGCAAUGGCGAGCGAGGAGGCGACGGGUGAUGGGAAGGACGGGAGACCGGGCGCCAUGGCGCUCAACCCCGGAGUGCCUAUCAGGGGGAUCAGGAUGAAAUUCGCCGUGCUGGCCGGCCUGGUGGAAGUUGGGGAAGUUUCCAACCGAGACAUUGUGGAGACGGUGUUCAACCUGCUGGUCGGCGGUCAGUUUGACCUGGAGAUGAACUUCAUCAUCCAGGAACCCGAGAGCAUUGUGUGCAUGGUGGAGCUGUUGGACAAAUGUGAGCCCACCUGUCAAGCCGAGAUCUGGAGCAUCUUCACUGCAAUCCUCAAGAAGAGCGUCCGCAACCUGCAGGCAUGCACUGACGUGGGUCUGAUCCAGCAGGUGCUCCAGCGCAUCACCACCACUGACAGCAUGAUUGCAGAUCUGCUGGUGGACAUGUUGGGCGUGCUCGCCAGCUACAGCAUCACGGUGAAAGAGCUGAAGCUUUUCUUCAGCAAGCUGCAAGGAGAGAGAGGCCAGUGGCCUCGUCAUGCGGUGAAGCUUUUGUCGAUGCUGAAGUACAUGGCUCACAGGAAUGGCCCCGACUCCUUCUUCAGUUUUCCAGGGAAAAAUGCAGCCGCUAUAGCUCUUCCCCCCAUAGCGAAAUGGCCGUACCAGAAUGGAUUUACGUUCCACACGUGGCUCCGCAUGGAUCCUCUCAACAACAUCAAUGUAGACAAAGACAAGCCUUACCUGUACUGUUUCCGCACAAGUAAAGGCAUGGGUUACUCUGCACACUUUGUGGGAGGCUGUUUGAUAGUGACCUCAUUAAAAUCGAAGGGGAAAGGAUUCCAGCACUGUGUAAAGUACGACUUCAAACCACAGAAGUGGUACAUGGUGACUCUCGUUCACAUCUACAACCGCUGGAAAAACAGUGAAAUUAGCUGCUUUGUGAACGGAGAGCUGGCUUCCUUUGGAGACAUCGCCUGGUUUGUCAACACCAGCGACACGUUUGACAAGUGUUUCCUGGGAUCGUCUGAGACGGCAGACGCCAACCGUGUGUUCUGUGGACAGAUGGGGGCAGUUUACCUGUUUGGAGAAGCUCUCAGCGCUGCUCAGAUCCUAGCCAUCUAUCAGCUGGGUCCGGGCUACCAGGGCACAUUCAAGUACAGGGCUGAGAGCGACUUGCUGUUUGCGGAGCAUCAUAAGACCUUGCUGUACGAUGGCAAGCUGUCUUCUAGCAUUGCCUUCACUUACAACCCUCGAGCCACAGAUGCCCAGCUCUGCCUUGAGUCCUCCCCCAAGGACAACGCCUCCAUUUUCGUCCACUCGCCCCAUGCACUCAUGCUGCAGGACGUGAAGGCUGUGGUUACUCACUCAGUCCAGAGUGGCAUACACUCUAUCGGCGGUGUGCAGGUCCUCUUCCCUCUGUUUGCACAGCUGGAUUAUUGCCAGCCUUCCAGCCACGAGCUGGACACCUCUGUCUGCUGCACUUUGCUGUCCUUUGUGAUGGAGCUCUUGAAGAACUCUGUGGCUAUGCAAGAGCAAGUCCUGGCCUGCAAAGGCUUUCUCGUCAUUGGCUACACUUUGGAGAAGUCUUCCAAGGUGCAUGUGACGCGGCCCGUCCUGGACAUUGCACUGGCCUUUUCACGAUACCUUAGCAACUUGCAGAAUGGCAUCUUGCUGCUCAAACAGCUGUGUGACCACAUUCUGUUCAACCCUGCCAUCUGGAUCCAUGCCCCUGCCAAGGUGCAGCUGACGCUCUACACCUACCUGGCGACGGAGUUCGUCAGCACAGUCACCAUCUACAAUGCCAUUCGCAGGGUGGGCACCGUGCUGCAGGUCAUGCAUACACUAAAGUACUACUAUUGGGUUAUCAACCCUCAGGACCGCAGUGGAGUCAUCCCCAAAGGCAUCGAUGGUCCAAGGCCAAACCACAAGGAGAUACUGUCCUUGAGAGCCUUUCUGCUGCUGUUUGUGAAGCAGCUCAUUAUGAAGGAUCACGGAGUGAAGGAAGACGAGCUACAGAGUAUCCUCAACUACCUCCUUACCAUGCACGAGGAUGACAACCUCAUGGACGUACUGCAGUUGCUGGUCGCUCUGAUGUCUGAACAUCCUGGAUCCAUGGUGCAGGCCUUUGACCAGCGAAAUGGGAUUCGUGUGAUUUAUAAACUUUUGGCCUCAAAAAGUGAGGGAAUAAGAGUCCAGGCUCUGAAGGUCAUGGGCUACUUUCUGAAACACUUGUCACCAAAGAGGAAGGCUGAGGUCAUGCUGAGUCACGGCCUCUUCUCUCUGCUCACUGAACGCCUGAUGCUCCACUCGGCCCAGUUCUCCAUGACAACCUACAAUGUGCUCUUUGAGAUUCUCACAGAGCAGAUCUGCACUCAAGUGAUCCAUAAACAGCAUCCGGACCCCGACUCCACUGUGAAGAUCCUCAACCCACAGAUUCUGAAGGUAAUAGCUGCUCUCCUGAAGAUCCCCCCUUCCCCCGAGAGCAUGGAGGUGCGCAGGGUCUUUCUGUCAGACAUGAUCAAACUGUUCAACAACAGCCGCGAGAACCGCAGGAGCCUGCUGCAGUGCUCGGUGUGGCAGGAGUGGAUGCUCUCGCUGUGCUUCAUCAACCCGCGAAACAACGAAGAGCAGAAAAUCACAGAGAUGGUGUACGCCAUCUUCCGCAUCCUGCUCUACCACGCCAUCAAAUAUGAGUGGGGCGGCUGGCGCGUCUGGGUGGACACCCUGUCCAUCACCCACUCCAAGGUAACCUUUGAGCAGCACAAGGAGAAUCUGUCCCGUAUGUUCCGUCAGUACCAGCAUCAGGAGUCUGUAGGAUCUCUGAGCACAAUUCGCACCGUCUCUGGUGUCAGCCAAAGCUCAGAGACUGAGGAAUGUGUUAAUGGGCCACCUGCAGAGGAGACGGCUCCCUCCACCGUCAUUGAACUCACAGUGGACGAACUGUCCCAGAAAUCUCCUGACUCAGCUUCCAGCUCCACCAUCACCUCCAGCCCACUGGAGGGUGGUGAUGACAGGGGACACACAUCCAUCACGGUGUCCAACAUCCUGGCCAGGGCCGAAGACGAAGAUGAGCAGAAGCCGGCGGAGGAGUCCUCCAGAGAUGACUCAGGUCUUGAAAAAGAGACGGAAACUACUGUGAUAGAAAAAACACACACAGAGGAACAGAGUGAAGCAGUGGAAAAGGGUAAAGACUCUUCAGCAUCUACAAGUGAUGACACAAAAACACUUGCAACAGAUGAAAAAUCUGAGGUUGAACAGAACAAAGGUGAAUCCUCAAACUCCAUGACAGACGACUCUUUGAAUGAAGCAGACACAGACAUGUCCAUGGUUUCAGAACAAGAAAGUACCACUGAUCAAACGUCCCCUGAGCCUGCAGCAUGUCUGGAAAACAGUCUUCUGGGUGGAGCCUCCGUCUUCAACGAGGACCUAGUUGACGUGUCUUCUGUCAGUGACCAGGUCCAGCCUAGUGAUGCUGAUGAUAGCCAAGAGGAGUCCUCGUAUGCUUCUGCUGCUACUGGAGAGGAAGCAGAGGUUGUAAAGGAAGAAGAUAAAAACGACGAAGGCAAUAAAACCGAUCAGGAAGAACAGGAGUCGAAAGCGGAAGAAGAAAAAAACGAGAAGCAGGAGGUUAGAGUACAAGAAACAACUGAAGCAAGUGAAACUGAAGAGAAACAGGUGCCCUCUUUGGAGAAUCCUCCAGUGGAAACACCUGAACAAAGUGACACAGAACCACCCAAAGAAAAAGAUGGAGAUGAGCCAUCUUCUUCCGUAAGUGAGACUACCACCACAGAUCAGCAGCCUUCAGAGACAACAGCUCCCUCUACAGCCCAAGAGGUUGCAGCAGCUUCAGACUCCACCUCACUCAGCCAGCCUUCAGAGACCAGCAGUACCGCCAGAGAGGAACCUCAGCCUGGUGCCCCUGACAGUAGCACCACCUCCAGCUCUGACACCCACAAGAGCGUCGACUCAGUCAGCAAGACCAAAGAGAUCAAAAUUGCCAGACUGGACGUGUCCAAUGUGGCCUUAGACACCGAAAGACUUGAACUGAAGGAGACCUCGGCAACAGAAACAAGCCAAGGCCAGUCAACAGCAGCAGCAGGAAGUUCUUCAAGCCAGCCGAGAGAGAGCAGCUCCUCUGCUCCUCGCUCCACCAUGUUUCGUAUCCCAGAAUUCCGCUGGUCCCACAUGCACCAGCGCCUCCUCACCGACCUGUUGUUCUCUAUUGAGACAGACGUCCAGAUGUGGAGGAGUCACUCCACAAAGACAAUUCUGGACUUUGUGAACAGCAGCGAAAACGUCGUGUUUGUCCACAACAGCAUACACCUCAUCUCCCAGGUGGUGGACAACCUCAUCAUGGCCUGUGGAGGCAUUUUACCGCUGCUCUCUGCUGCCACCUCCUCCUCUCAUGAACUGGAGAACAUCGAGCCGUCCCAGGGUUUGGCAGUGGAGGCCUCGGUCACCUUCUUACAGCGCCUCAUCAACCUCGUGGACGUUCUCAUCUUCGCCAGUUCCCUCAACUUCACAGAGAUAGAAGCUGAGAAGAACAUGUCGUCGGGGGGCAUCCUUCGACAGUGCCUUCGCCUCGUUUGUGCUAUGGCAGUGAGAAACUGUCUGGAGUGUCAGCAAGCCCAGUUUAAGCAUGGUGCAGAAGGCUCAGCUCGGAGCAGCGCUGUCCUUGGAACAGCCAAGUCUGCAUCUGCACAGAGUCCUGUUGAUGCAGUGACAGGUGGCAUGUCUCCAAUCAGAGACUUGGACCGGCUGCUUCAGGACAUGGACAUUAACCGCCUCAGGGCUGUUGUCUUCAGAGAUAUUGAGGACAGUAAGCAGGCUCAGUUUCUGGCUCUGGCUGUGGUUUACUUCAUCUCCGUUCUCAUGGUGUCCAAGUACCGUGACAUCCUGGAGCCCCACAAUGACAAGAAACACCCUCAGCGCUCCCAGUCAGCUAGAAGUACAGAUAGCGGUGCCGUUUCGGGUGGAGCAGAAGUGGAGAAUGGCUUCUCCCUGAGGCGGUACGAUUCCGGCAUUGGAGAUGACCACACCUCAACGGCUGCAAGCGAGGCGGAUCUGUCAUCCUCUGGCGCUACUCACGGUCCAGACGCCAUCUCGGAGGCCUUGUCUACGCUGUCAUCUGAGGUCAGACCUGCUCAGGCUGCUGAUUCAAAGGGCAAGAAUGUGAAGGACAUCCUGCGCAGCCUCGUGAGCCCUCCAAAUGAUGAUGUCAUGGUGGACCCAAGCCUGCUUCCACCAGCGUUUGUAGGGAGCCUGGGCGACGCAGCCAGAGAGUCGCUGCAGUUUCGCUCUUUUGAUCGAAGUGUCGUUGUUGCUCCCAAGAAAGUGGGCGUGAUGCCAUCUCCAAGCACCUCCACCCCUGUCGCUGCCACCGCUGCCUCGGUGUCCAGCGGGACACCCAUCGACAGCGUCGCCGUCGUAUCUUCUGGUGAUGCCUCCCAGAGCACGUCUGCAGACUCUGCAGCUGCAGGCGGCCAGGUUCCAGCCAGCGCUAGCUUGCCAUCUGUCCCCCCACUCUCCCCUGUGACCCAGAACACAGCCCCCAAUAUGAGCAUCUCCGAGCGCCUGGAGCACGCUCUGGAAAAGGCGGCUCCUCUGCUGAGGGAGAUCUUUGUGGACUUUGCGCCGUUUCUGUCUCGCACCCUGCUGGGCAGCCAUGGACAGGAGCUCCUUAUUGAGGGCACCAGCUUGGUGUGUAUGAAGUCCAGCAGCUCAGUGGUGGAGCUCGUCAUGCUUCUGUGUUCACAGGAAUGGCAGAACUCCAUCCAGAAGAAUGCAGGUCUGGCCUUUAUCGAGUUGGUCAACGAAGGCAGGCUUCUAAGUCACACCAUGAAGGACCACCUGGUUCGUGUGGCGAAUGAAGCUGAAUUUAUCCUCAGCCGACAGAGAGCUGAAGACAUCCAUAAGCAUGCAGAAUUUGAGUCUAAUUGCGCUCAGUACGCGGCAGAGAAGCGAGAUGAGGAGAAAAUGUGCGACCACUUGAUCCGAGCGGCCAAGUACCGCGACAAUGUGACAGCCACGCAGCUGAUCCAGAAGAUAGUCAACAUCCUGACGGACAAACAUGGAGCCUGGGGAAACUCUUCCAUAAGCCGGCCGAGGGAGUUCUGGCGCCUGGACUACUGGGAGGACGAUUUAAGGCGGCGACGGCGCUUCAUCAGGAACCCCUUCGGAUCCAGUCACUCAGAAGCUACGCUCAAGCUAGCGGCCGAACACGCAUCUGAAGAGGAUAUUCUGAAAGGCAAGCAGUCCAUCAGAAGUCAGGUUCUGGGAAAUCAGAACUCAGAGAGUGAGGCGUCACUCGAUGGAGAUGACGACACUCUGUCGUCCUUAGAGGACAAGGACCUGGACAACCUAAUAGGGCCUGUAAACCUGAGCACCAGCGCUCAGCUCGUGGCUCCGGCCGUGGUGGUGAAAGGCACCCUGUCCGUCACCGCCUCCGAGCUCUACUUCGAGGUGGACGAAGAGGAGCCCGGCUUCAAGGCCAUCGAUCCGAAGAUUCUCGCCUAUACUGAAGGUCUUCAUGGAAAAUGGCUGUUUACAGAGAUCCGGGCCGUCUUUUCCAGACGCUACCUGCUGCAGAAUACUGCUCUGGAAGUCUUCAUGGCCAACAGGACGGCUGUCAUGUUCAACUUCCCCGACGCUGCGACAGUGAAGAAGGUGGUUCACAGUCUUCCUCGUGUUGGCGUGGGCACGAACUUUGGCCUUCCACACACCAGACGUAUUUCUCUGGCCACACCGAAGCAGCUGUUCAAAGCAUCCAACAUGACCGAACGCUGGCAACACCGCGAGAUAUCAAACUUCGAGUACUUGAUGUUUCUCAACACCAUCUCUGGUCGCACCUUUAAUGACCUGAACCAGUACCCAGUCUUCCCCUGGGUCAUCACCAACUACGACUCAGCAGAACUUGACCUCACUCUGCCCAGCAACUUCAGAGAUCUGUCCAAGCCCAUCGGUGCUCUGAACCCCAAGAGGGCCGCAUUCUUUUCUGACCGGUAUGAGUCCUGGGAGGAUGAUCAGGUGCCAAAGUUCCACUAUGGCACCCACUACUCCACCUCCAGCUUCACCCUGAUGUGGCUGCUACGUAUCGAACCUUUCACCACAUUAUUCCUCAACUUCCAAGGCGGGAAGUUUGAUCAUGCUGACCGCACCUUCUCCUCGGUGUCCAGGGCCUGGAGGAACUGCCAGAGAGACACAUCCGAUGUUAAGGAGCUGAUCCCAGAGUUCUACUAUCUACCCGAGAUGUUUGUCAACGCCAACAGUUACAACCUGGGCGUGAUGGAGGACGGCACCGUAGUCUCUGAUGUGGAUCUUCCCCCUUGGGCCAAAAGUCCAGAGGAGUUUGUGCGCAUUAAUCGACUGGCUCUGGAGAGCGAGUUUGUGUCCUGCCAGCUCCACCAGUGGAUCGAUCUGAUUUUUGGCUACAAGCAGCAGGGACCUGAAGCCACCAGAGCCCUCAAUGUUUUCUAUUAUCUGACCUAUGAAGGCGCCGUCAACCUCAGCUCCAUCAACGACCCAAUGCUCCGAGAGGCUGUGGAGUCUCAAAUCAGGAGUUUUGGGCAGACCCCCUGCCAGCUGCUAAUUGAGCCACACCCACCCCGAAGCUCAGCCAUGCAAGUGUAUCUUCUCCUGCAGACCCCGCUGAUGUUUACGGAGCAGAUGCAGCAGGAUGUUAUCAUGGUGCUGAAGUUCCCGUCCAACUCCCCCGUGACACACGUAGCAGCGAAUACCCAGCCGGGUCUGACGUCGCCCGCCAUCAUCACCGUCACCGCCAACCGCCUCUUCGCUGUCAACAAGUGGCAUGGCUUGACAGGUCAUCAGGGCUCAACGGUGCAAGACCAGCAGUACCAACUUCCUGUGGAAAUUGACCCUCUCAUAGCCAGCAACGUGGGCAGUCAUCGCCGACAGAUCUCAGACCUGCUGGAUCAGAGCAUUCAGAUCAGCUCACAGUGUUUUGUGAUCACAGCCGACAACCGCUUCAUCCUUCUGUGCGGCUUCUGGGACAAGAGCUUCCGGGUCUACUCCACUGACUCAGGCAAACUGACACAGAUCGUGUUUGGGCACCGUGACGUGGUGACGUGUCUGGCUCGCUCUGAGUCGUACAUCGGAGGAGACUGCUACGUCCUGUCAGGCUCCAGAGAUGCCACCCUGCUGCUGUGGUACUGGAACGGAAAGCACAGCAGCAUCGGAGAGAGUCCAGGCACAGUGUUUACCACACCAAGGGCCAUCCUGACGGGCCACGACUGCGAGGUGACUUGUGCAAGUGUGUGUGCCGAGUUGGGCCUCAUCAUCAGCGGAUGCAAAGAGGGUCCUUGUCUGAUCCAUUCCAUGAAUGGGGACCUGCUGCGGACCCUGGAGGGCCCCGAGCGCUGCCUGCGGCCCCGCCUCAUCCAGUCGUCCUCCGAGGGCCACUGCAUGAUCUACUACGACAAGGGACAGUUCUGUCUCUUCAGCGUCAACGGAAAACUGCUGGGACACAUGGAGGUGGAAGACAGCAUCAAGGCCAUGCUUCUCAGCCGUGAUGGCCAGUAUCUGCUGACAGGUGGAGAUGGAGGUGUAGUUUCUGUCUGGCAGGUCCACAACCUCAAACAGCUGUUCACCUACCCCGGCUGUGAUGCAGGAAUCCGCUCCAUGGCCAUGUCGCAUGACCAAAGGUGCAUCAUCACCGGCAUGGCCUCUGGAAGUAUCGUCCUCUUCUACAACGACUUCAACAGGUGGCAUCACGAGUACCAGACCAGGUACUGACUCGACUGACAAGAAAAAGAAAUCCAAACUGUCGCAAGUGUGAACUCUUCUGAAAGGCACUAUUCUGUCUAUAUCCUGAUAUCCUGAAUGUAUCUCACUGAAAGAAGAAGAAAAAAAGACAAAUUUGUCCUGUUAUAGUAAAAGAAUCAAACUAUUUUUAAAAAGGGCAUUGCUAUAUUUUGUAGAUCAGAUAGAAAAUUUUCAUAUAAAUCUUAGGGUGGGGGUUCUGUUCCUGUACGGUUAAAAACAAAUCUAUUUUUAGCUUUAAGAGUCUAUUUUCAUCUCCUCCACUGAAGAAAAAGAGGGAUUCGUGGGGAGUUAGUGAGAAUCUUUUCUCUUGACUUAAAAAUCCAAAUAUUUGUGUACUUUAGGGUGAAUGAGUUUUCUUUUCUGUAGGUGUGUAUGUGGGCAGCAAUUAUUAAGCUAUCACUCACUUUAACAUGCUUUUCCUUGUUUCAGCAACACAGCAAGUAGUUAUGAAAUGUUUGAAUAAAUAAUAAAUGUCUUGAAGUGAAAGAAGAGGGAAUACGCAAUUAUAUAAAUAUCUCUAUAUAAUGUUUAAAUGUAGUCCUCCAUAUUUAAGAUUUCUAUUCCCUCUGUACGUCUGUGCUCGCUAAGAGAUUGCCUUUCUGUGCAUGGCUCACUACUCGUAUGGAACAUAUCAGUGCAGAUCUGUCACCUUAUUAUUUAAAACACAAACCCUCCCGGCAUCAGUGAAAAUGGUAAAAAUGAGCUUUCUGUGAAGGAGUCGACUUUUGACAUUUCUUUCUUAAAUGACUGAGCAGUGACUUGUUUUUUUUUUUUUCUAAAACGAGAACCUUAAUAUCUCCGAUGGAUCGAGUGAAGAUUUAAUUUUUACAUCAUUAAAUAAAAAUCCUAUCUAGCGUCCAAGCCAGCUCUGCACCUUUAAAGUCCUCUUCGAGUCUCCAAAGCAGCUAAGAGCAAAGUGAGGUGCACAAUGAAAGGAAGGACUUACCCAAUUAUUGUCUGUUUUCUUUUUCCAUCACAGAAUGAGUGAUUAUCUUGAUGUGAUUCAGCACUAAAAUGAGACAUCUUCUUCUUUUGGUCUUCUGUUAAACGAGCAUCCACUUCCAUCUUUAAUUUUUCAGGAAACAUUCCUUUCUUUAAAAUUUGCGCUUCAAUGUGGUUUGAAUCUCCACUUAUAUGGGAACUACUUUUAUCUAUCAACCCUUUUUUUUGCAAUCAUUUUGGAGUGUUUUGUGUGCUGAGUUCAGACAAUAAAGUGGAAUUUUAUAACUUGA